AUGAAUAACCGCGCCGACACCAAAGCCAAAUUAAACGCUAAUUUAAGCCUUUCCAAACAUUUGUCAUCCAAAAAAGGUUCCAGAACCUCCAAUUGCGGCAACUUCCUAGAGUUCUCCGUGCUUACUCUAAUCCAAAGCGUUCCCUGAUUUCUUUACACCCCUCGUAAACCAAACAAUCUAAAUUUGUCAACAUGGUGCAUAAAACUCGCUCAUCUCGUAAAUCCUGCCCCGUCAUGGAUGUCAGCCCACUACGCAACACUUUGCCCAUCGCGGCAAACAAA